AUGUUAGCUGCUCGAGAUCAGGAAAAUCUCAUCCACGCCCAACACACCACGGCUGCUGCGAAGCCACUCAGCCAAAACCUCCGCACCCUACACUCAAAAACACCGGGAAACUUCAAGACCCCCUUUCGACCAGCUAGGCACGACGAGAACCGGCCGCUCGAUUUCAAGGGCCAGAAGACUGUCGGCAAGGAUGGACCCAGCAAACUGGGUAAGAAUACAUUUGUAACGCCGCAAGCAUCACGCAACAGGGCACCUCUCGGAGCAAAGACGACGAAUGCGAAGGCUUAUGCGCUUCAAACCCCAGCUCCAGCACCUCUUACCACAAAACCGGGACGGACUGGCCAGAAACCUUCCACAGCUCAUCGCUCAGGUCGAUCCAAGAUCACAAUAGCUACUUCUGAACCAGUUGACACGGAUGUCUUAAAGAAACGCGAAGAAGAGGAUGAACCCGAUUUCGGAUACGCACCCCCUCCGCCCGUUGAGCUGCCAGAUCCUCCCUUUGAAUUCUCCCACAACUCUCUACUACCUCCAUUGACAGAAGAAGAGCUUACUCGAGGAUAUGGCGAGUUAUACUCGAAUUCUCCGCAAGACGAAAAUGGUAUGUCCCUGCGUCUGAAGGAGGAAGAAGAGGAAUAUCUUCAGUAUCAGAAAGAGCAGGAUCAGAAGAUUCUGGACAGCUUAAAUAACCUUCCUCUACCCACGACCGAAGAGCUUAACCAACAAGUUGACGCUAUGAUCGCCGCAGGACCAAUGAAGAAUAGACCACACGUAUCGCUAGUUGAUACCAUGAAAGCCAGGUCUGCUGCUGUCGCGCUUGCUGAACCCCAAUCACGGCCACCAUCCGCUGCUACCCGGCCAACUCGAGCCUUUGAGCAAAAGAAGAAAGGAAUUCUUCCAACCAUGAGCUCAAAGCCUUCGACAGGGCCGCCGGCACCAUCAACCCGUCCCCUUCCUGCUGCCGUGUCCAAGAACACCAUCGGAUUCCCGAAAGCAAAAAAGCCCCCUUCUAUCAUCCCCAAAGUCGGCCAUGAUGAGAGAACCGGAGGCACUUCUGCUACGAAACCAGCCAAGAUUGAUCAGGCUUCAAUACAUCCCAAGGAUUUCCGGGACUUGUAUGGGUCACCACCAGUCGAAAGCGACAUGUGGUUCAGACUCAAACAACAUGAACUACUGGAAGAGGAUAUCUCGAAGGGUGAUGAAAACGAUGUCGCUGAUGAGCUGUUCGAGGCAGACUUUUUCCCUUUCGAAAACUCGAAAUUGGACGAUGACGACUUCCAAUUGCCUAUGCCGGAGUGA